CAUUGUGGGUGACAAAUGGGGUGAGUAAAUUAUAUGUAAAUCAUUCUGGAGUAGGUAUUUAAUUUCAAAAAGUAAUUACUUAACUAGUAAGUAUUUUUAAAAUUCAUAUUGAUUCAUUUUUAAUGCAUUAUUUAAUUCGUAUACCAUUAAUGUUUAACUUUAAAUUUGUAGUGAACUAUAUACAAGUAUCUAAAUAAUUCACCCCGUGUAGGCUGUUUGUGUCUGAGCUUAUUUAUUUAUUUAUUUUAAUGACUUUCUGCCCUUGCUAUAAAAGUACUAAAAUUUGUUACUCUAGUAAUUUUUAUAAUAAAUCGAAAAGCAGUAGGUGAAAAAACUAUGAGAGUUGAAAUGGCAGCUGCAGCCAAUGCGUGAUCGUCUGCUGCCAUCUUCUGGUUAAGGGUAAUUUCAUGUCAUUUUAAUCUUAAAAAGUCGUUGUUUUCCGUAAAAAAAAAAAAAAAGAAAAAAAAAACAUUUUUUUCAUUUCAUCUUUAUGAAUGGAAAGCGAAUCUUUGAAGUCAAUUUUACUGUACAGCUGUAGAGUUUAAAAAUAAUAAAUAAUAAAUAAAAUAUUACAAGAUUUUAAAAAUAUGUUCAUGACUAUGAGGGCAAGUUAUGAUCAAGAAUACUAUGAAGAUGUCCUUGAAGAGAAGCAUCCCUAGCUUGCUAACGUUAAAUUAAACAGUUAUGACAGUGUUUAGCUGUAGCAUUUAAAUGUACAACUAAGUGUCUGUGUGCUCUCUGGGAUUGCCAAGCUCAGAAUUUAAAUUUUAUGUUGUUGAAAAAUAUGAAACUGAAUGUUAAUGCUGCUAUCAUUAUUUACAAUGUUGCAAAAAUAUUUUUUUCAGUUUCUGAUAAGAACGAGGCAGGAGAGCAGAGCUACACCGGAAAUUUGCGAGCUGGUAUAUCAUUUUGCAGAAGUUCUAAAGCACGUCCGUCACGUCAGUAUUUGACGCUCAAGAAUCAUUAAUUAUCAGUGUGGAAAACACUGUUUAAAAAACUUUCUAUAUAUAGUGACCAGUAAAGUAAUGGAAAAUCCCCAACUUGUGUUCGCUGUUUUUGUUACCUUUUUUAAGGCUGUUAUAUGUAUAUUUAGAGUGUGUGUGGGUGUGAUUUUGUACAACCUUCUGAUUUUAAGCAGUGCUGACACUUAUACAAACCAAUAAAACACAGAGUUGGAGACAAUAACCAUGGUGUUUAUUAUGUAAGAUAGAGGCAGCAUUAUAAAUCUGACCUUUAAUCAACAGAAAGCAAUGAAAAUAGUUCAGGAGAGAAAUUCAGCUGAGAAACGACCCACAGGUGGCCUGAGGUUUUGUUGAGCUAGUCAGGUCAUGUGCACAGGGAUAAUAAAGAGAUUUCCUCUGGACAUAUGCAACAGAAUUUGAUGAAUUCUCUACAAAAGAUGGACAAUCGAAGUUGUUCAGAGAGUGAGAAUUUCAAUCCCAAUCCUGUUUAUGGUCUGAACGAAGAACAGCUAGAUAUCCUGGGGCAGCACAGGUCGAAGGUGCAUCGGACAAUUUGGGAAAAGCUGAAGGAGGAGCGCUGGUGUUCAGGUGCAAGACUGAAGAGUUGCUUUCUGUCUGUUGCACCUCUCUUGUCAUGGCUGCCACAGUACUCUCUCAGAAAAAACGCUAUUGGAGAUCUGAUAUCGGGAAUCAGUGUGGGAAUCAUGCAUCUGCCACAAGGGAUGGCUAAUGCUUUGCUGGCUGCAGUUCCUCCAGUGUUUGGGCUGUAUUCGUCCUUCUAUCCUGUUCUCAUCUACUUCUUGUUUGGAACAUCUAGACACAUAUCUGUGGGUACUUUUUCUGUCCUUUCCAUCAUGGUCGGUACAGUGGCUGGUGAUGUUGUAUCGGCGAGCAGCGGAGCAGAGAGUGAUGAGGCUGAAAACGCUAGAGCUGCCUUUGCAGCUCAGUUGACCAUUCUGUGUGGACUAAUACAGAUUCUGCUGUAUGUGCUGCGUUGUGGAGGGGUUUGUCGGUGGUUAUCUCAGCCGUUGGUCAGUGGAUACACUACAGCAGCUGCUGUCCAUGUAACUGUUCACCAGCUCCCUUUACUGAUGGGCAUCUCCAUAGUCAGACACAGAGGAGUUUUUGCUGUGUUCUUGAUGUUUUCAAACAUUGUGACUGGAGUCAGGAGAGUGUUACUGGCGACACUGGUUUUGUCCCUUGUCUCCCUGGUGAUACUUGUUGGUGGAAAGAUGGUGAACUCACGCUGGAGCACUCGAUUUCCUAUUCCAUGGGAGUUGGUAUUGAUUAUCGUUGCCACUCUGUCAUCAGUGCAGUUUGAUCUGUCCGGUCAGUAUGGAAUACAGAUUGUUGGACCCAUACCAACCGGUCUCUCACCUCCCUCCCUUCCAUCAUUUUCUGUCUCUCAGGAGCUGUUGUUGACAGCUCUUGCGUUGGCAGUGGUGGGCUAUGGUUUCCAGGCUUCAUUGAGCAUGAUGUUUGCUCAUAAACAUGGGUACCCCUUUCAUAGCAACCAGGAGCUGUUGGCUAUGGGUCUGUGCAACUCCAUCGGCGGGAUGUUUCAGUGCUUUCCAGUAAGCGGAUCCAUGUCUCGCAGUACAGUACAGGAAAGUACAGGAGGACAAACUCAGGUUUCUUCUCUGGUGUCUGCGUUAAUAAUUCUUUUGAUCUUGUUGAAGUUUGGCCCCCUUUUUCAGCAGUUACCAAAGACAGUUUUGGCUGUCAUUAUUUUAGUGAAUCUCCAAGGGGUUUUUGCACAAGUCAAAGAUGUGCCUAAACUUUGGAAUACAGACCGCUUGGACCUGGUGGUGUGGGUAGUGACCCUGCUCAGUGCCCUGGUGUUUAACCUGGACCUGGGGCUUGGCAUUGCAAUUGUUUUCUCUCUGUUUACCAUCGUGUUCAGGACACAGCAGCCCAGAUCUGCCAUUCUUGGGCAUAUUGCUGGCACAGACUGUUACAGGGAUCUGGAGAAAUACUCAAAGGUACGCCAGGUCCCUGGAGUGACUGUGUUUUCCUUUUGUAAUCCAAUUUACUACGCCAAUGCAAACCAGACCUUCACGUCACUUAAACAGGCAGUCAGUAACGACAUUAAUGAGAAUCCUGAAGUAAGUCCUCCAGUCCAGCAGGGGCCUCAGAGUGCACAGCACUGCGUUAUUCUGGAGCUCAGUGGAGUCACCUUCAUGGACUCAGUGGCCAUGGGCUCAUUCAAAUCAGUGCUGCAGGAAUUUGAGAACACGCAGAUCUUGUUUUUCUUUGCUGCAUGUCCAGAUGGUUUACUGUCUCAAAUGAAGAAUCAUGGAUUUGUUCCAGAUUUUCUGUCUCUUUCUUCUUUUUUCCCUUCAGUGCAUCAUGCAGUCCUGCACUACCAGGGGUUACAGAGCACAGGCGCAGAUGUUACAGAGCUGUGACCUGUAGUGACCUCACUUCCUGAAUGAUGAACUCAGCAAAUACAUGAACCCAACUGAGCUUUAGAAGUAACACUUCUAAAAAGAAUGGAAAAUGAAUAUAUGAACUUCCCAAUUUUGAUUUAUUGAUGUGGAGCAACUUUGUGCAUACAUCUGGAUUUGAGGUGAUGUUUGGCAACAGAUGCUUGUUUAUCGACUAUUGAAUGUUAAAAUAAACACUGACACCAGUAUCAUAUGACAAUGACUUCAGCUUUUACCUCUGUAUUUUGUUUCAUUUACUUGCUUGUUGUUCAUUUGCUCUACUUUUAAAGGGAUAGUUCACCCAGAAAUGACCCACCCUCAUGUCGUUCCAAACCCAUAAGACCUUCGUUCAUCGAAAUUUUUGAUGAAAUCCGAGAGCUUUCUGACCCUGCAUAGACAGCAACGCAACUGAUACAUUCAAGGCCCAAAAAAGUAGCAAGGUCAUCCUUAAAAUAGUCCAUUUGACAUCAGUGGUUCAACCUUAAUUUUAAGAAUACCAGAAUACUUUGUGUGCAAUGAAAUCAAAAAUAAUGACUUCAUUCAACAAUUCUUUCUUUAGUGUUGAAUAAAGUCAAUAUUUUUGUUUGCACACAGAAAGUAUUCUCAUAACUAUCCCUUUAAAUCAAAAUUUUCGUCAUUAUUAGACUUUUUAAAAUUGUUUAAACAACGCUCAAAAAUAAAGACAAAAAUGAUAGACAAAAAUGAGAGCAUGCAAGAUAAAGAAUCCAGGUAGUAAAAAUAUUUAACAUAAUUGCUUUACUGCUUAUUCAUAUUUUAAAAAAGGCUAAAUCAAAGUCAUGCGGUGCAACCAGAAAAGUCAUGUGGUGCAACCAACAUGCAGAAAAAGGCAAAAAUGAUAUAAUAGAGACCUUGCAGACCCUCUCGACUGUGUCAAGGUCAGUAAGACCAUAGAUAUGUACACAUGAGAUGCCUCAUUAAAGAGGUAGUUCACACAAAAAUGACGAUUCUGUCAUUAAUUACUCACCUUCAUGUAGUUACAAACCCAUAAAACCUUUGUUCAUCUUCAAAACACAAAUUAAGAUAUUUUUGAUGAAAUCUGAGAGCUUUCUGACCCUGUAUAGACAGCAACGCAACUGACACAUUCAAGGCCCAGAAAAGUAGUAAGGUCAUCCUUAAAAUAGUCCAUUUGACAUCAGUGGUUAAAUUGUAAUUUUAUGAAGAAUACAAGAAUACUUUGUGUGCAAAGAAAUCAAAAAUAAUGGCUUCUGCUUUGAUAUCUGCUAGAUUUAUAACAUAUAUUUCAUGUUACAGACCAAUUUGGUUUGGAUUAAAAAUGUAGUAAAAUAUAUAAUAAGGACAAUAAUUCUUAACACUCCGUUCAACACUGACAACACAGAAUCCAACAGAAUCACAAAGAACUGUUUGACAACAGCCAAAGUGCACCAGCUCGUACAAUUCAGUUAGUAUACAUGAAGCUCACACAUGUGCAUUGCUAAAAUGUUGAAUUGGACCAUAAAUGAUAUUAGAAGAGACUUUGUUCUUUGAGCAUGUGUCUGGGAGAGGCUACAUUAUUUUUAGUAUUCUCAUACCAUAAGCUUUCAUUGUGUAAAACUGAUUAUAAUGACAGACUAACCCUGACUUUACAGAAACAGAAAACUUUUUUUUGGUAUUUUUGGUUAAAUAAAAUCGUACUCCAAUUGAGGAUGUUCCAAAAUUUCGCCAAAGGAAUGUUUGGUCAGUAUUACCUCAUUUUUGGGACGGUGAUUAUCCCCAAGCUGUAGUUAAUGAAUGUAUGUCUAGUUAAAAUACAAACAGUCAUGAUUACAUGGCAUGAUUACAAUUGCAUAUACAGGUCUGUAUAUUUUCUGAGAUAUAGAUGGAUCAAAACAAACACCUUAGAGAUCAUGUAGCAUCUACUGUUCACAAUUCACUCACGCAAAAAGUGCAUGCUUCUGCAGAAUGAACAUGUUUUCUAUCUAAUCAGGCUAAGAUAAGGUGG